AUGGGUGAUGCCAAAUCCAGUCAGGUUGCUAAGUCUGGUAAAGGAAAUCCCACAGGAGGGACUCCAUUUCCCUGUGCUGAUUGUGGAAAGAGAUUCAGUUGUUUAUCACAGCUGGAAAUUCACCAGCGUGUUCACACAGGAGAGAAACCUUAUCACUGUAAUGACUGUGGGAAGAGAUUCACACAGUUAGGAAGUCUUCAAUCACACCAGCGCAUUCACACAGGAGAGAAACCUUAUCACUGCACUGAGUGUGGGAAGAGUUUCACACAGUUAGUAAAUCUUCAAUCACACCAGCGCAUUCACACAGGAGAGAAACCUUAUCACUGCACUGAGUGUGGGAGGAGUUUCACGCUGUUGCAAAAUCUUAAAAUCCACCAGCGAGUUCACACAGGAGAGAAACCUUAUCACUGCACGGAGUGUGGGGGGAGUUUCACCCUGUUGCAAAAUCUUAAAAGACACCAGCGCAGUCACACAGGAGAGAAACCUUAUCACUGCACGGAGUGUGGGAAGAUAUUCAGUCGUUUAUCAAGCCUCACAAGACACCAGCACAGUCACACAGGAGAGAAACCGCAUCGCUGUUCUGAUUGUGGGAAGAACUACGGUCGUUUAUCAAGCCUUAAAAGGCACCAGCACAGUCACACAGCAGAGAAACCUCAUCACUGCACUGAAAAUGGGAAGAAGUCCAGUCAUUUCCUGGGUUUUGAAGGACACAAAAUAAUUCACAGAAUUUCAGCCACUUUAACACCAGGAGCUCUGACUGCAAUAUAACAACCCCUGUGACGGGAGGUUUGUGCUGGCUAUCGGGCGCAUGUGUGAUCCUGCGGAGGGGGAUCGCCUGCCAAUCAUGCUGAUGACACAAAGAGGAAGCUCUGACCGGAGAAUUGUCAGAGACGCCUACGGACGGAGAAUAAAAAGAAACUGCCGGUUCCGGAUACAGCAGCUGGUAGAGAACCAGAAAUCAGCAGAGAGUCGGAAAUCAGCAGAGAAUCGGAAAUCGGCACUGAGUCAGAAAUCAGUAGAGAAACAGAAAAGCAGAUAUGGCUGAAGAUGCCAUCUAUACUAUAAGUUAUCACAUACCCAUGCUGCUAAAGUAGAGUCCCUGGGACGUUAUUUAUUUUAGCUCAUGGGGGAUCUGGGCAACCCCACUGAAGUAUUGAGGGAAUAGGAGAACAUCACAUAAUCCCGUACCUCGCAGGUUAGCGGAGGUGGCGAAACCCUGCUUAUAGCAGCACUUUUCUUUGUAGUUUUGUUUGUGUUUUAUUUUCCUUUUUUUCUUUCAUCGUUUGGCUUUGAACUUUACGUUUGCUUUCUAGCAUUUGCAAACCAUAUUGUAAUGUAUGCAUAUGGUUUAUUUUCUGAACUGUGCAGCGUGUUCAGUGGUGAAUGUCUAUCUUUUAGCUUGCUAACCUGUUGGGUUGGGUUAGUUAUUUUUACAUGAUUACACUUGGCUGCCAAAGAACAGGAACAGUGUGCCUCGGACUGGAUGGGUUGGCAAUUCAUUCCAGGGGAAAUCGGAAGUCGGCCAUCCAGAAAGGGAGCGGAGUCACAAUACCAGAAGUCAUCGCCUUAAUGCGGUCGGUGAUGUGGCAAUCGUGGAUUGGAGGAAAAACGAUUGCACUCUCUACCGAAGGGGCCGUGACUGAGGGUAUAUCAGGGGAUGUGGCAGAGCAAUCUUCCUUUUGUUAUGGUUGUGAAAAGACCUGUAAAGUACGUGCGAGUGAAAAAUAACUGUGUUUUCUAUAACCUCUGUCUAUUAAUUGUCACAUUUGUAAUUUAUAACUAAAAUUCGGGAGCUGUCACUAUCAGCCAGCACCAACCCCGAGCUACACUGCACUACUGUUUCACUGAUUGCUGUGUAAUUCACCACUUGCACUAGGAGCUCUCGCUGUUGGAUAUUGUGAUCGUGUGUGUAUAUUAUUAUUUCAGGACUGAACCCCGUGGUUUUAACUGUGCCAUACACAUCGUUGUGUAGGGCCAGUUAUUUUAUUAUUUUUCCUUCAAGCAACCAUUCAAGUAAAAGAGCUGUUUUUCACUGUGAACUGUCUUGUGUCUGUUAUUCCUGAGCACUGCAAACCACUGUGCCACAUACUGUUAUUUACAAAAACAUAGAUAAAACACUGAUCUGAUUAAACUGUUAACACUGAACAUUAGUAAACUUACUGAGUAAAUUCUACACAUUUUAAAAGAAGCAACAUCAAUCUUUUCAGUUUUUUGUGUUUCUGUUUUUUGCCCUGUAGUCACCACCGCCCUGCUAUUUAAAUAUGUAAAUUUGCCAUGUGCGCUUAACGCUCAGUCAGAAGCUGGCUGAGUUUUAUAGAAUUAAACUCGUCCAGCAGAAAGGAAUCGUACACCAGUACGGCUGUGGUUUUAUUUGAAAGGAGAUUCAACAGUGUUGAUUCGAUUGCUAAGUCGCAAAGUACUACAAACUGGUAAAAAAUGGCGUUGUACGCCAUUACAGGAGUUUUCUUACCCCAGUUUGAAAACCACUGCUCCAGAACAAUGAAAAGAUUAGGAGGGGGGAGGAUUUGAUUGAUUGCCUUGCUGUCUGAACUGAUAUAAGUUACAAAUAGAAACAAUCCCAAUGGUGUAUAUACAGUUAUGGGGUAAUGGGGAUUCUCCAGGUGUAGAUGUUUGCCAGUCCAUGUUGGAGUCUGGCAGGUUCCAUAUGCGUGCUUCUGUAUGUCUUGUUGCUCUACAGUAAUACAUGAAUGAUAAGUUAGGCAACAGCGGUUUAUUUGUUCUUUUUAAACUCCUUUCCAUUUCCUGUCUGCUUCGUUCUGCUGUACCACACUUUAUUUAGUCUCUUUGCUCAUGUGUGUUUUGUAUUGGUGUUGUUGUCUGGACAUGUUUGUGUAUUGCUGUUGAUUGAGUUGGAUAAGAGGCUGCUUUCUGUUUGUUCUGUGUAACCUUCCUCAGAUGAGGUGGAAUCAUCCCCAACACAAAACAAAGACAAAUGACAGUCAAUUAUUUAUCAAAUAAAUGAUGUCAAUAUUAUGAUUAAGUGUCGAUGUGCUAAAUGGGUUGUACCAGGACAAAUCACCCUGAAGAAUAUUAGAUUUAACACCACCAGCUCCGAUUUAGGGUUGUUGAUGGCAAAAAAAUAUGCGGAAAAUAUGCAAAAAUAAUUUGAUAAUAUAUUUUACUGUUAAAUUGCAUAGAAAACAUAGCGCUGUAGGAGCCAACAUGGCUAAUCCAGAAUCUACGCAGAAUUAUCUCUGUGAACACACCCUGGGAUUAGGGUGUUUCUGUAGCACCCAGACACGCCUACUGCUAGCGACACUUUCAUUUAAUUCCAGGAAAAUGCAGGGUGG